UUUAGUCUGUUUAGUAGCUUUAAUGGAUAUGCGUCUUGUACUUAAAAUUUCGCUGCGUUCAAUAGAUAGAUUGUACUUAUCUUAAUAAAUGUUUUGACAUUAUAGACCUAAUGUACAGUUUGGUUUUUUUUUCGGUUGUUGUUUGAUACGUUUGAGUCGACCAUCGGAAUAUAAUAUGAGAAAAAGUGUAACCGCAGUUGACCGUAAAUGACUUGGUUCAUUUAAUAAACAUUUUUGUUGUUUUUGUUGUUGUAUAUGUUUGAAACGAAGAUAAUUUUUGUGCGUCGUUCAUAUUUAAUAUGGUGUGACCUCUUUAACCCUUAAGUGGUCAGUGCUAUUUUCGAAACUCGCAUUCUUCAAGUUUGAUAUGGGAGAGGUUUUUCGGUGAAUUCAAGAAAGUUACAUCUUACGAAAUUGUAUCAGUGAAGUUUAUGCUAUUGCCUCAUUGAAGGGUACACUAUAUUCAUGUGUGUAAAUGAUAUCCGGUGAUAAGACCCAUACAGCCUGUAGAAAACGAAUUGUAUAUACACUACACAAACUAGUAUACACAGAAAAAGAAGCAACACUUUUCUGAUGUAGUGUAAGUAAGUAGUGUAAAGAAUAUACUAAAAUUUACUCGGUCGUAUGUACAAUACAUGCUGUUACGUACACAUGUGAUAUUAUUAUACAUUUUUUUCUCUGUUCUGUUCAAUAUUUGUUUUUGUGAUUCACACUUAUGACUUAUGUAUAUAAAAUGAACACAUAAGAUCAACGACGUGCCAACAAAAGGUCGUGAACGAAAAUAAUUAUUAUUUUAUGAUUUUGUGCUGUUUUUUUUUUUUUUGAAAACGUUUCAAACGAAAUUUUCGGUGUUCGGUGUAUUUUGAAUUGUUGAAAGAUGAAUUUUCAACUUUGGCCGAAAGUCAUGUGCUAAUUUUUACGAUCUUUCAAAUGUGUAACCUUCUCGCGUAGAAAAGAAAAUAUAUUUGAAUUAUCUAUCAUUCAAUAUAUAUGCUCAACAUAUUAGAUUGUCAAACUGUAUAUACACCGUCAAGGAAUAUUAAUUUUUUUUUUCGUUCGAAAAACAUUUUUUCCGUUUAAAAUUCUUGUGUGACUUUUCCGAGUUAUAUUUAAAACGAAAAAUAAUAAAAAAAAAUUUAUGAAAAUAUUAAACGCAUUGCGCAUAUCAGAAUAAAUAAACUGUUCGAAAGCGAGAAAAACGUUUGUGAACUUACGUAAUCAAUUCGUGAACUGUAACCUAUGAUCUGUGAUACUGGAUGGUGCAUUUCAUUUAUUAGUUACUUUAACAGUCGGACUCAUCGUUCUGCUGUAGAACAACCUAUAAGUUUAUUUUGUACGCUGUCCGUUUUAAAAUAGCGAACGAAUAUUCACUACGUGCCUAAAUUUUGUUGAACAAAAAAAAAAUGUGCAUUGCAUUUAAUGUGCACGUAACGACACUUUUUGUCAGCGAACAAAUUUUGCGUUAUGCCGUUUUUGUAGCGUAAACAAAUAAAUUCAUAUUUUAUCCAACAAUAUAAAAGGAAAAUUGAUAAAAUAAAAAUAAAUAAAAAAACAAAAUUUUUAUGACUAACCAUGCAUAUGUGACACAAUUACAAAAAUUCAAUUACUUAAAAGUGAGAUAAAAAAUAUAAAAAAAAAUUAAUAAUUUUCUGUUACAACUGCAAAAUAUUGUAAUAAAACCGAUUUGCUCUCUGUAUGGCCGAGAAAACCAUGAGGGAAAUUGACACAGAAGCUCCAGUCGUAUGGCCAGCAUGGUGUUAUUCAGGUGAAGCAUCCAUCGAAGACACUGCUAAUUCAGUGAAUGCACAGCAUCAACUAAAUCAUCAUCAAUCGUCGACGAUAACAAAUCAUCGUAACAAAGGCAAACGAAAAGGACUGUUUUCACAUCCAUUGGAUAAAAUGUUGAGUGAUCGUAUGAUCAAUUUAGCCGACAAUAAGAAAUUUUGUGAUAAUUCUAGUGGUAUGUUUUACGACAAUAACAAACAGAAGUGUGACGUUAGUAUGGAAUUGAUCAAAACCAAUGGUGAUUUAACAGUGAACAAUAAUCAUAUUAAGGCUGAACGAUUGAGUCCCCAGAACGGGGAACAUACGGGGACAACUGGAACCUCAAGAUCUCGAAGUGGUACACCGUCGUCGUAUCCUGGUACACCACCACAAUCAUUACACCCGAGUGAUUUAAUUGGCAAUUCACAAAAUUCCUCCGGGACAAUGAAAUCCGAUUUUCAGCCGAGAAACUAUUCAGACUUUAUCAGAAGUUUAGCUGCAAAGUAUAACAAUAACAAUCCCAAUGAGUCGUCACAUUCAAGAAAUUCAAUUUUUGAAUCGAGAUUUGGAAACAACGCAAAGAACACCAAAGAAUCACCAUCGCCACCCGACUGUAAAAGACUGCAACCAACUGCACCAUCGGUGCCUGCACAAAAUAGUCUAAUUUCAUCAAUGUUUCCAUCCGGUAUCGCAUUCCCUCCAGCAGUAUUUUCACCGCUCAUCGAUAUGAGCAGUACACAAGCGUUAGUAACGUUAGCUCGAGCUGCCAAAGAAGCUGAAAUUCAAAACCUAUUGAAGGGACCAACAAAACGGCCAAACAUUAACACAACACCACCCAGUAACAUCAACCAAAUUCCGACAUCAGCAGCCACACCAUCGAAUCAACGUUUUCCUCUACACACAUUCUCAAUUUCCAAUUUAAGCCAACAGUCGCCAAAAAGUCCUUCCAGCAAUAAUCAGUCGUCGAGCAGUGAACAGGCGACGGUGUCCGCGUCUCCACUCGAUCUUAGUGCGAGUACGCCGGUGACGAAACGAGUGAAACUAGACACCCACAGUCCAAACCGAAGUAUCGGUUCGCCGACGCAUCAAAGAAGUCUGAGUAGUGGCGGUUCGUGUCGUACGGCGAGCCAGAGAAAGUGUCAGUCACAAAGUGAUGAAAUUAACAGUUGGAACGUGAGUCAAGUCUGCGAAUUCGUUGGAAGUAUCGACAUUUGUGCUGAAUACGUUGAGAAUUUUCGUGAACAAUGCAUCGAUGGAGCUGGUUUACCCUUGUUAACGGAAGAUCAUUUAACGAAUUCGUUGGGCAUGAAAUUGGGACCUGCAUUGAAGUUGCGUUCGGUGCUAUCGAAAAAAUUGGGCGGACCAUGUCCGUGUGUGUCGUGUACGUUGUCCAUCAACGCGACCAGUCCUUCAGGAAGCAUUCCCAGACCGUCAAGUGUGGAGUCGGGCACUUAAUUUAAUUUUAUUGUUUUAGACUUGCGGGAAAUGUGGAUGCGGAUAUAGCUUCUGACUUAGGAGUUGUUGUGGUUUGAAACUGUUUCUACAAAGUUUCGUUUAACAAAUGUAAAUCUAGACUUUAAUUUAAUGAUUUUAUGUUUGGUUCGUGCUUGCGUGACCUGUAACGAAACACUAAAAUAAACUUCAGUGUGAAACCGAAAAAUCUCAUUGUUUGUGUAUUUUGGAGUACUUUCGACAAGGUCGAGCUUCUUUUGGAUUCAAUUAAAAAGUGAAAUAUUUCGGUGGAAUACAAUAGAUGCUUAAAGCUCUCGAAAGACUUUUAAAAAAGCAACGACACAAAUGCGAUACAACGUUUCGGUUUAACAUGGCAGUGUAUCACAUUGUUUGUGUCAUUUCAAGAGCUUUCGAAAGCUCUGAGCUUCUUUUGGACUCCAUUGGAAAAAUAGCAUAUUUUAGUGGAGUUCAACAGAAGCUUAAAGCUAUCAAAAGCUGCAAAUGUGAUACGGUGUUUGGGCUAACAAGGCAUCGUUGUGCAUUGUGUGUGUGCUUUGGCGAGCUUUCGAAAACUUUGAGCCUAUUUUUUUGCAUUCUAUUGGAAAAGUGAAAUAUUUUGGUGAAAAAGAUGCUUAAACUCUCGAAAGUUCGCGAAAGCAACGACACAAAUGUUAUACGGUGAUCUGGAUUAACACGGCAGUAUCUAGAUUUUCAUUUGUUAGACGAAUUUUAGGUAGCAGCAAUUUCAGGCUACAACUAUUCCUAAAUCAUAAAAUAUGUCGGUAUACACUUACCCGCGAAGAAAAGUGUAAGAAAAAGAAAAAGUAGAAUCGAAAUACUUGUAAGAAAAUUUAAAUAAAAUUGUUUUUAGUAUUAUUAAUUGUUAUAUAUCGAUUUAGAUGACGCGACUAUUUAUUGAAUAAUAAUUGAGAUAUAGGAAGGAAAACACACAUUUUCCAUCGAUUUAAAUUGGAAAAUUUAAUUUUUAAGAGAAAAUGAAAAUAUUUUUUUUUAAUUAACAAAAAAUGUGCAAACAAUUUGAUAGAAAAACUGUACGAAAUAGUCGAGAGAUAAAGUGCCGGGAAUGUACAAUAAUUUUGUCUAUUUAAAAACGA